GCUUCACGCCCGAGCAGCUCAACUUGCGAUACGACGCGGCAUUGCGCGGGUCGAGGAGGUCCAGGAACGGCUGCGUAUAGAUCUAUAGUCGAUCAUGCGAACGACACUCUGCAUUGCGGUGCUUGGUGCCGCCUUGGCGACGAGCUCAGUACGAGGUGAUGUACUAGAGGAUGUCAAGUCGACAGCGUCAGAUGCAGUCGAUGCAGCAAGCGAGGGCGCAGCGGCGGCAGCCGAUACGGUCAAGCAGACCGUCAUCGAGCAGCCGACGUACCAGCCCUCCUCAGUCAAAGGCUUCUUCGUCGAACAGUUCGAUGACCUCUCGAGGUGGUCUCCCUCUGCUGCGAGCGUAGAGAAAGUAGCGGGCACGGAGACGUUCCAGUACGUCGGUCAGUGGACCAACCGCGAGCCUCAGGUCUACCCAGGCAUAAAAGGCGACAAGGGUCUCGUUGUAGCCUCCAAGGCAGCCCAUCAUGCCAUCUCGACAACGUUUGAGGCACCUCUAGAUCCCGCAGGCAAGACAUUGGUCGUUCAGUACGAAGUCAAGCUCGAAAAAGGUCUCGAAUGUGGCGGCGCUUACAUGAAGCUCCUCACGCUCGAGGAUGCCGGCAUCGCACAAGCGGAGUACUCUGACAAGACGCCUUACACGAUCAUGUUCGGGCCUGACAAGUGUGGCAGCACAUCCAAGGUCCACUUUAUCUUCAGACACAAAAACCCAAACACGGGCGUCUUCGAGGAGAAGCAUCUCAAGAUCCCACCCCAGCCAAGGAUCACCAAGACCACGACGCUGUACACGCUCAUCACCCGACCCGAUCAGACGUACGAGAUCAAGAUUGACGGCGAAUUUGCAAAGUCUGGCAGCUUGCUCGAGGACUUUGACCCUGCUGUCAAUCCGGCCAAGGAGAUCUCUGACCCCGAGGACAAGAAGCCGAGCGAUUGGGUGGAUGAUGCCAAGAUUGUCGAUCCCGAUGCGUCGAAGCCCGAUGACUGGGACGAGGAUGCGCUCGAGUUCAUUCCCGACGAGUCUGCCACCAAGCCUGACACCUGGCUUGAUGAUGAGCCCCUGACUAUUCCCGAUCCUAGCGCGGAGAAGCCGGAGGAAUGGGACGACGAGGAAGACGGCGAUUGGAUCGCACCUGUCGUCACGAACCCCAAGUGCGAGGACCCAGAUGUGGCGGGUUGCGGUGAAUGGAGACGACCGACGAUUGCCAACCCUGCCUACAAGGGCAAGUGGUAUGCGCCCAUGAUCGACAACCCACUUUACAAGGGUAUCUGGGCACCUCGCAAGAUCGCCAACCCGGAUUACUUUGAGGACAAGACGCCUGCCAACUUUAACAAGAUUGGGGGUAUCGGAUUCGAACUCUGGACAAUGCAAGAAGACAUUCUGUUUGACAACAUCUACAUUGGACAUUCUGAAAAGGACGCCGAGCUCUUCGCCAAGCAGACUUUUCACGUCAAGAAGCCCGUCGAGACAGCAGCGGAGGAAGUCGACAAGCCCAAGCCUGCAGCUGCAGAUCCGUUUGACCAGGACGUACCGAGCAUCUACGAAGAUCCGAUCGGACACGUCAAGGUCAAGUUCCAGAAGCUCAUUGACCUCGCUGUCGUGGAUCCAAUUGGCGCGCUCAAGACUUACCCCGAUGUCACUGCUGCCUUUGCUGCCGUGAUCGCUGGAUUUGUUGGCGUUCUGGCAAUCAUUUUCGGCCUCUUCGCUGCUUCGCCCAAGAUCAAAGAAGAAACCAAAAAGGCAGCAAAUAAGGCAGCGGCCAAGAAGGAUGAAGUCGUUGCGGCUGCGAGUGACAAGGCAGAUGACGCGACAGCGACGGCAAGAGAAGCCAAGGACGAAGGCGCGCAAAAGAGGAAGACACGCUCUUCCGGUGCUGCCGACGAAUAAGGCUCGCACCUUCCCUAUGGCCUACAACUCAAAAUACCGCUCCUGCUCGAGAUUCGAUCCCAUCUAGGGGUGGGACACCAAGAACGAAAGAGAGACAGAGAGAAGUUAGAUGGAAGAGAGCCAAAUUGAACGAGUUUUGACGAUGACUGUGUCUGCAACCAUCACCUAUACCAGUCUCUUUGCAUUUCCUCUUUGCCGAG